GCCGCCGCCCGGGGCCGGAGCCGCCGCGCCCGCUCCAUGGAGGCCGCAGCCCCGGGGGGCCCCGCGGCCCCGGCGGGCCCCGCGCUCGGCUGCUUCUCCUACAACCAGGACUGCACCUCCCUGGCAAUCGGAACCACAACUGGGUACAGGCUUUUCUCCUUAAGUUCUGUGGAGCAACUGGACCAGGUCCAUGAAAGCAAUGAAAUCCCAGAUGUUUACAUCGUGGAGCGCCUGUUCUCCAGCAGCCUUGUGGUUGUGGUCAGUCAUGCCAAGCCACAGCAAAUGAAUGUCUACCACUUCAAGAAAGGGACAGAGAUCUGCAACUACAGCUAUUCCAGUAACAUUCUGUCCAUCCGGCUGAACCGUCAGAGGCUGGUUGUUUGCCUGGAGGAGUCAAUUUACAUCCACAACAUUAAGGACAUGAAGCUUUUGAAGACUAUUGUGGAUACGCCUCCAAAUGCAACAGGUCUGUGUGCUCUCUCCAUCAACCACGCCAACUCCUACUUGGCUUAUCCCGGCAGCGCGACCAGCGGAGAGAUCGCGCUUUACGACGGAAACACUUUGAAAACAGCCUGCACCAUCCUUGCCCACGACGGGCCUCUGGCUGCUCUCGCCUUCAACUCCACCGGCUCGAAGCUGGCAAGUGCUUCUGAAAAAGGCACAGUCAUUCGUGUAUUUUCCAUUCCUGGUGGGCAAAAGCUCUAUGAAUUCCGGCGAGGGAUGAAAAGGUAUGUGAACAUUGGCUCCCUGGUGUUCAGCAUGGACUCCCAGUUCCUCUGUGCUUCCAGCAACACGGAGACCGUGCACAUCUUUAAACUGGAGCAUCUCACUGACAGCCGGCCAGAGGAGCCUCCAACCUGGAGUGGUUACAUGGGAAAGAUGUUCCAGGCUGCUACCAACUACCUCCCUGCUCAGGUAUCGGGCAUGAUGAACCAGGAUCGAGCCUUCGCCACUGUCCGCCUCAACAUCUCUGGACAAAGGAACAUCUGCACCCUCUCCACGAUCCAGAAGCUGCCUCGCCUGUUGGUGACUACAUCAGAUGGACAUCUCUACAUCUAUAACUUGGACCCGCAAGAUGGAGGGGAGUGUGUCUUAAUCAAGAAACACAGUCUGCUUGGCUCAGGAAAGAUGGAGGAGAACAAAGAAAAUGACCUUCAGCCUCCGUUACCUCAAUCUUAUGCAGCAACUGUAGCCAGACAAAGCACAGUGCCUUCAACUUCCACCAUGCCAGGUUACUCAGAGGAUGGUGGUGCCCUGCGAGGAGAGGUUAUCCCAGAACAUGAGUUUGCAACUGGACCAGUGUGUCUUGAUGACGAGAAUGAGUUUCCUCCUAUAAUCUUGUGCCGUGGAGGUCAGCCGGGCAAAGCCAAGAGGUCAUGAUGAGAAGCGAACAUCUGCGCUUAGGACAGCUGCUGGGAAGUGCUUUGGAAAAGCCAGGAGUUCCGAAGAACACGUUUGUGAAUCCCCAUGACGAGGAAAAAUACUAAAUAAACCCAAGGUGGGCCACUGCUUCUUCCUACGGUAUGUUUUAAGUGAACACCUGGCCCUGUUAGCCCCUUGUUUUAAUUCGUGGCUGGGUGGGGUGUCCAUGUACUGUAUGCACAUCACUCUAUUUAACAAACUAUAUGUUAGAACCACAGUGUAAAUGCUAAUUUAAUCAGAUUUGUAUGUAACCAGAAUUUUCUAUACCCAUUUGUCCCUUUUCUAAUUUAUGCUGUUUUAUGUGUAUAAAUGUACUUAUAGGAAGAUAUAUUAAACUUAUGUCUUUGUACAGUAUAUACAUACUAUUUUACCCAGGCAAAGUAUUUUUGCAGUGAUAUUGGAGAAGAUGCCAUUUGCUAUGUUUAAAGACAGAAUAAAGUCACUGUCUGUCCCUGGCA